AUUUCCUUGCAAGACUCUCCACAGGUAUCAUCCAGCAGCUCCCGUUUAGGUCCGUAUAACAGCGCUGUAUCAAUGCCAUUGCUCGGCUCACAUUUGUACGUUUAGCAAUUUAUUCGAUUUUGAUAUCAAAAGUUAGUAACUAUGGAUGCUGAUCCGCCUUACUGGAUCAACUUGACUAAUUCGACUGAGGGAAGGAUGUCGAACCUUAUAAACUCCACCCAAACAAUGGUGGGACAGCUGUAUGAUUAUUAUGUAUGGACACUCUCACUAGCUGAUGACCGAACAAGAGGCUGGUUGAUGGUAGACUCUCCCAUGCCCACACUGCUCUACACCUUACUCUACCUAGUCAUAGUGUGCAUAGGCCCACGAUUCAUGCGAAACAAGAAGCCCAUGAAACUAACAUGGGUGCUAAUACCCUACAACCUCUCAAUGGCCGUUCUCAACCUGUACAUAGCGAUAGAGUUGUUGAUAGCUUCAAGUAGACUGCGGUACAGCUACGUCUGUCAACCAAUUAGACAAAUUAAUCACAAAGAAGAGUUAAGGAUAGCAAACGCAGUAUGGUGGUACUAUUUCUCGAAACUACUCGAGUUCUGCGACACGUUCUUCUUCAUUCUGCGCAAGAAGGAUGCGCAGUUGACGUUUCUGCACGUGUACCACCACUCGACCAUGUUCUCGCUGUGGUGGAUCGGCAUCAAAUGGGUGCCCAGUGGUUCAACCUUCCUACCUGCCAUGGUCAACUCUACCAUACAUGUGCUCAUGUAUUCGUACUAUGGCCUGUCUGCAUUAGGGCCCACUGUUGCCAAGUACCUCUGGUGGAAGAAGUAUUUGACCAUGCUGCAGCUGAUCCAAUUCACAACGGCUCUAAUAUUGGGAAUUAAUGGAAUCAGAUCAGGCUGUGACUUCCCUCUAUGGAUGCAGUAUGCUCUAGUAAUCUACAUGCUGUCGUUCAUUGUAUUAUUUGGGAACUUCUAUGCGAAAGCCUACAUUGAAAAGGGAAGAAGAUCGAUGUACAUGAAUGGAAACGCGACAUGUGUCAACAUUCUGAACGGAAACCCUGUAGUAAUGGCCGGUACAUCCAGCAAAAAAAGCAAUUAGAAAUGCACAAUAUUAUUGAACUCAUAAAAUUGUAGAAGCCGCCUUCAAUUUGUGCUUCAAACGCCUAAAAAAUCACUGGCUCUUCCAUAUGUGAUCACAAUGCAUUCCAAUGUUCUGAUUCUAAUUCAAACUAUCACAGAAUAAAAUUAAAAUACAAGUUUCAGAGCUCAAGUAUACAAUGUAACUUUUACUAGAGCAAUUGGCUUUCAUUAGGUAGGUGCUAUAAUUUCUGACACUUAGGCUCAACUCACAUUUACGCGACUCAGGUCGAGAAGAGACUCGACUCUGGUCGAGAGCAUUUGUUUUCAAAUGGGUGACGUCGCGGAGACUAGAAUCAUAGAGUCGGAUGCUAGAAUCGACUGGUUUGAGUGUCACCAUUUGGAAACACAUGCUCUCGACUAGAGUCGAGUCUCUUCUCGACCUGAGUCGCGUAAGCGUGAGUUGAGCCUCAAAUGUGCAAUUACUAUUAUAUUCAGGCACUUUUGCACAAAAGCCUGUCAAGUUUUAAUCAUGGUUAAAUUCCAAGAGAACCAAUCAGGGAAGGUGUUUUGUAAAGAAUUUUUUUUUUGUUAACUUUCAAUCCUAAUUAAAUGCCACGAGCAUCAAAUUGAUCGGGAUUAAAAGUUAACAGACUUUUGUGCAACUGGGUGUGAGUGUUUUGGAAAUAAACAAUGUUGAAGUACCUACUUUUGAAAUUUCAAAAUAGAAUUUUAUCAUGAAGUAUGUAGGCUACUAAAAUAUCCAACACUAAGGUGCAAUAAUUAAUAUAUUCACUGUUUUUGAGAUUUUUUUAGUGUAAUUUCAAAUUUUGAAAUUGGUAUUGAAUUGUUAUUGAUAUUAUAUGAAUUAUUAUUAUUAUAUGUUGUACAGUUGCUGCCUGUAGUAAUAUUCACUUCAUUCUGUCAGUAUUCCUUAUAUAUAACAUCCAACGUUUCCCGUUCAAACAAUGCUGACAGUUUGAAGUGAAUUACACUGUAGACAAAAACAACAUAUUUGAGCUUCGUCUAUUUCGUGUUCUGAUAUCUAUGAUAUAUUUGAUAUUAUAGUUUUUUACAGGAUAAAAAUAAUUUGAUCAAAUUUAUAAGCAUUCACGAGAACUAGACUUUGAAAGUGAGGAAAUUUUGUGGGAAUAGAGCUAAACAAAACAUCUUGAAGUGUAUAAAUUCAGGGCUACUUAUAUUCAAUACAAUAAUUAUAUAUAUUAUAAUUUUUAUUUGUAUUUUUAAUCUAUUAUUCUAUUAAUUUCAAAGAAAAGGUACUAUAAUUAUUUUCUAAACACAACACCUUACACAAAGAAGUGGAAUUUUCAAUUCUAAUUUUUUUUAGCUAGUUGCGAGAUAAUAAAUCAAUAUGUUUAUAAAUGUGUUGUAUUUUCAAGUUGUAUCUGUUCAGUAUUUUCAGGACUUCCUAUACGGUAUAUGUAUAGGUAUAACAUAUAUAGUAUAUAGUAUAUAGGAGGUCCUGGUAUUUUCCAAUCAAGUAAGAAACCUUAGAAUGAGGAUUAAACGGUUUUUUAUUGAAUUUGAAUGAAAUCAAAGUGUUCUCAAUUUUUGAAUUGCGAGCUUCAAAAUUCUAGAUCUUUAAGAUCAAAUAUUUUAGCUCUAGGCUCAAUUAUUCCACCUUCCAAGUCUAGUUUCGAAGAUAGUUUCAAAUAAUCAGUUGGAGAAUCAAGAAUCCACAGUUUUCUGUGAUUUCAUAAACUAAAAAUCGCUAUGUUUUUGUAAAAAGGAAUGAAAUUUAAUUAUUUCAUUAUUUUUACUCAUUAUAAAUAUCAAAAUUUCAAAUUCACAAUAAAGCAUUUGUCUCUUGUAUUUCAAAUUUCUAUAAAUAUACAUGUAUUAAUAUUGUGAAUAAUGUACAUACAAUAUUGUACCAGCUAGGAUUAACUACUUGUAUUUACACAUAUUAUAUUUACUUGUGUAUUUAAAAAGCCUAUUCAGCAUAUAGUGGGCAUGAGAGGUUUUUUCAAUUAUUAGCAUUAUUAUUAUUUAUAAUAAAUAAUAUUAUAUGAACAACCUACCAUAGCAUUAAGUCAAACUGAAAUAUAUCAGCCUAUGGAGCUAUGAAAAUACUUUGGGGUUGUGAAUAUUUAGUGCUUAGUGUACAAAUUAUGUUAUAAUUGUAAAAUUAUUCAAAUUUUCAAAAAAGCAUUUCAAUACGUAUAAUACUACUAUUAUAAAUAUAACUUUGUCAAUGAAGUUAAAUCAUCAAAGAAAUCGAAGAAACAAAAUAAAGAGGUGAUUAAAUAACAUUAAUAUUUUUCUAAUAUCAAAUGGCAAUUUAAAACUGAGUAGCCUAAGUUAAAUAUUUUUCAAAUUUAUAUUUUUUAUUUCAAACCAAUUCAGGCCUUUUAAACUUUUUAUCAGUGAAUUUUAUGAUGUAUCAGCCCAAGUGGUUAGAAUAGCCUAAUAUCUCAAUUAAAUUGAAUAGUAUAAGCAAUGAAUAGGCUCUACUAUCAUAAAAAACACUAUGGUUACCACAACCUUUUCUAAUAAAAGUAUAAAAUUCUAGAAUGAAUGAGCAUUUAAAAUAUUGUCAAAAUAAUGAAAUCUGAUUUCAAGAAAUCAGUUUUACAGAAAUACUUGGGCUUUAUUUGUAUGAAAACUUUCAAAGUGGAGUAAAUAUUUGUAUAGUUUGAUACAAUAUUUUCACAGGAAUAUUGUGAAAAAUAUAUAAUUAAUCCAAUGAAAAAAUGACUUUAUUAUACAACAUUUGGACAUUAUACAUUCCUGUGCAUCUCAUUCUUGAAAUCUACAUAAAAACGAGAAGUUCUUGAGAAGUUCUCUACAUAAAAACUUGAGAAAAAAAUGAUGACAAUGGUAGGACAAUUUAUAAAAGUUGUAGCCUACUUAAUAUAUUUAUACCGCAACUCAUUCAGGAAGUCAUAAGUCAAUUCGGAAUAAUAUUUUCAUGAGAUAUACAGCCAAUAAACAAAGUGGGCACCACCUUCUAAAACAAUUAAUCUUUCUAUGAAAAGCCUAGCAAUAAUUAAAAAAAAACUAUUAUCUCAAAAUAAUAAUCAACAAACAUUUAAUAAUAAUAUGAAUAGCUCAAAUAUGCUAUAACUUUAAAUACGUGAUUCUUUUUUUAAACUUAAAUGUGGACGUACAAUAACUCUUAAGAUGUAACCUAUUUCGAAAAUAUGAACUAUAUGAGUAUUAUUAUAAAUUCAAGUAAGUUCUGAUCUAUGAUGUGAAUAAUAUGGUGUAAUUUCAAAGUUUAUUAUGAAAAUAAAUAUCAAUACUGAUAUUGUGUCA